AGUCACGCACCGGUGGUCGACUCUGAGCUGUCUCACUCGUAAACCUCUGUAUAUAAAAACCCUAGCCUGAGACACGCACCGGUGUUAUAUAGUCUUUCGAUCUCUAGCUACUGGCGUUGCAACAACUGGAUCGACAGAAGAAAAGACAGGAGCAGGUUAGCUGAGCAAGAGCGAGUUGUAAGAGAAGCAUCAGAUCAGAUCCACCGAUGGAGUUGGAGGCUGCCGCGCCGGUGCCGAGCAGGAGGGACGGCAGGAAGCUGACGAGGUGCCCGCGGAUGCAGCUGGACACCAAGACGGCCACGGCAGUGGAGCAGUCCACUGGGGAGAGCAUCGCCGACGCCACCGGCGCCGGCGCCAUCGAGGGCGCGAUGCGCGUAAAGAUCGUGCUCAGCAAGCAGCAGCUGAAGCAGGUGGCCGCGGCCGUCGCCGGGGGCGGCUCCUUCGCGCUGCCGCCGGCGCUGGAGCAGCUCGUGAGCGUGCUCAAGCGGCAGCACGCGAAGAAGCAGGCGGCCGCGGUGGCUGCCGAGGUGGCUAUCGGAAGGCGCCGGGAGCGGUGGUCGCCGGCGCUGCAGAGCAUCCCGGAGGAAUGCUUUAGCUAGAUAGCCUUGUUAUGCGUACGCGUAGUAUUCCACUAUUUCAUGCAUAGCUUUUUUUCUCCUAAUUUCCGGGUUCUUCUUGGGUUGCUACCGACCGAUUUCGUUGGGCCAAAGUGAGCGCCCAAUGGUUGCAUCCCAACUUUGAAAUGUCACAUAUUUUAAUCUGGCAUUUGGAUCGAUCGAUCCAAAAAAAUCCCUCUGUUUCCAA